ACUAGCCGCUUAGCGCGCCUAGGGGGGACAGGAUGGCUAAGCGUGGACUUCUUAGCGAGUCAGCCACGCAACAUUUUAUAAAGUUCAUCUCUUAAAUUACCAAAUCGUCACCGAAUACUUAUAUCAACGCAGUGGAUGCAUCCAACGGUUAAAAUCGGAGGACUUCUUUAUUAUACAUAAAUGUUUCAAUUGAAUUCAAAUUGUAAAUCAAAAAAGUGGCAGGGGCUGAAAGCAAAUGAGUAGCUAAUCCAGAAAAAUGUAAAAUGCCGCCAACGCAACAAACUCAGUUGUUGCUGAACAUUUCCAUCAAUAAAAGUACCGAUGUUACGUUAACUAGCGUUUCCACCUCAAUUAGCACAGUUGUACCUGCCUCUGUAAUAACUACCGCUUUCGUCACUACAUCUACAAUUAAUAGUAGCCAGCGGGAAACUCUCGAUGAGUGCAGCAACUCUGUAGAUGCUGAAAAGGUAUACUGGAGUCAUUUCGGUAUACAGCUAGCUGUUCCAGAGUUGGAGGCCAUUCUCACAACAAUUGUACUCUCCGUUAUAAUUGUGCUAACCAUAAUUGGAAACAUACUAGUCAUUCUAAGCGUAUUUACCUAUAAGCCCUUGAGAAUAGUUCAAAACUUUUUUAUUGUAUCAUUAGCAGUGGCAGAUCUCACAGUUGCAUUGCUCGUAUUGCCGUUCAACGUAGCUUACUCGAUUCUCGGUCGAUGGGAAUUCGGUAUUCAUGUUUGUAAAAUGUGGCUUACAUGUGACGUAUUAUGCUGUACUUCGUCAAUACUAAAUUUAUGCGCAAUUGCCCUAGAUCGAUACUGGGCCAUAACAGAUCCAAUUAAUUAUGCACAAAAGAGAACAGUAGGACGAGUUCUACUUUUGAUAGCUGGUGUGUGGAUUUUGUCUUUAGUAAUCAGUUCACCACCGCUUGUAGGUUGGAAUGACUGGCCAGACGAAUUUACCAGCACCACUCCUUGUGAAUUAAACUCAGAUCGUGGUUACGUGAUAUACUCAUCAUUGGGAUCAUUUUUUAUUCCGUUAGCUAUUAUGACUAUUGUAUACAUCGAAAUCUAUAUCGCAACCAGGCGACGAUUACGGGAGCGUGCCAAAGCUUCGAAAAUAAAUACUAUGGCAAGGAAAAGUGCAGACAUUGAGACAGUGAUCUUGAGCAACGCAAAUGAAAGACAAGAAAACUAUGAUUUCAGUUCUCUGUGCUUGGCCAUGUUGAGUUGUGGAAAAGUUUCGACUCAACCCACAUCCGCUAUCAAAAUACAAAAUGAUCAAGACUCUAUAAGUAGUGAGGCACAUGUAAAUAACGAGGCACUAACUAAGGAUAAUAUUCAAGAAAUGGAGCAGCGUGUAGUUCCACAACGAAAGAAACCUCGCCGUGCGAAAAUAAAAGACUCCAUUAAACAAAGAAAAAUGCGAGCACGCAAGAACAAACAGGGCGACGGCGAUAAACCUUAUGGCAAUAAAACUCCCGCUGUUGUGGAUACAAUUGGAGCAGAACAGAUACUGGUUGUGGUUGGUGAAAACAAAUGCUUAGAAAAUAGCGAGAUUUUAGCUGGCAAUAACAGUGAUCAUAAAGGAGGCACAGGCGGCACAGGGCCAAUCGAUGUGAUCAAUGACGAAAAUACACCGCCGCAAUCAUCGACAGGCGCCACCUCAUCGGCCCCACCGUUGCAGAAAAAACCUGCCGGUGUAUACCAGUUCAUAGAAGAAAAACAGAAGAUAUCGUUGUCAAAGGAACGACGAGCGGCACGCACACUAGGCAUUAUUAUGGGUGUAUUUGUUAUAUGUUGGCUGCCCUUCUUUCUGAUUACGGCAGUAAAACCCGUUGUUACAUACAUAUGAAGCACUGGCCUGGUGGAAAGAAGCUAAGCAAGUAAACGCAAGUGCGUACCUGUCCAACGGAUGCCCCUCAAGUCAUCACAGGCAUUUCUUGUUUGUCUAUUCUGAUUGAAAAAGAGGCCUGCUGGAGCGCCCUACGGCUGUUCAAUAGAAUCAGAAAGAAAAGUGGAGAUCUUCGGGGUCAUUUGGAGGUUCUCGAGCUAUUCCUGGAUGAUCCCGAGUAAUUUCUUCUACAAACCUUACAAGGACAGAAUUCGUGAAAGGGACCGCUGUGAAGCGAUAAUAACUAUGAUUGCCGAAGGGUAUACCGAUGGUGCGAAGAUGGACGACGGGAGUACUGUGGCAGACGUACAUGGACCUUGGCAUCAAGGCUUUUGGGCAGCUGUAAAACUCUUUUAAACCACCUGGAAACCCACAAUAACAUUACGAUUUAGGUAAUGUGUUCAGAUCUCUCAAAGAAUGCAGCCCAAAUGCGUUUGCAUGGUUCGGAGCCUUUUUUAGGCUAGUUGAGGAAACCCCACGUGUCACGAAUAGCAGAAUGAUACACCGUGGGGAACGAUUAUCUUCUCCAUCCAAAAUUUGGAACAUGGCACCCUCCAAAGUGCUUAACUUCAUAAAUACCCGGAGGUGGGAGUGAUUACAAUUAGGGUUUAGAACAAUAGAUAUUCUUUGAUCGCAGCGGGAGUAUUUCCGAAGUAAUAACAAUAAUAAUAAUACUCAUGUAUGUGUAAAGCUAACAUGCAUUUCUAUAAGUCUGUACAGUAAAAUGAAUCGUUAU